UCAUUUAAUGAUAGCAAAAUAGCUACUGUGUUAUUUAUUUCAAGAUGGCUUUAGGGAUGCGACUCAGAUAUCUGGAUACGUUUUUAGUGUUUUCGUACAUGUAGGUACCAGGAGUCCGAACAGAGCAACUAGUUGUUGGUGAGUUAAGUCUCUCCCAGGUGUUAAUCGUCUUAGCGGCCUAAGAUGAACGGUUUAUCUGUUAGCGAGUUGUGCGGCCUGUUUUGCUGUCCUCCUUGUCCGAGCCGGAUCGCGGCGAAGCUGGCCUUCCUGCCUCCGGAGCCUACGUAUACCCUGCUACCGGACCUGGACUCGACCCCUGCUGUUACUUCAAACUUGGGGACCUCAGGGCUGCGUUCCAGACUACGCGGGGGAGCGGUGGGGGGUUUCGGAGACCGAGGCGGGGAAGGCCGGUGGAAGCUGCAUCUAUCGGAACGAGCCGAGUUCCAGUAUUCCCAAAGGGAACUUGAUGGAACAGAAGUUUUCCUCACUCGCUCUAGCCGUGGAAACAAAGUGGGAUGCAUGUACAUCCACUGUGCCCCAACAGCGAGGUUUACUGUGCUGUUCUCCCACGGCAAUGCAGUGGACCUUGGUCAGAUGAGCAGCUUCUAUAUUGGCCUGGGCACACGCAUCAAUUGCAACAUCUUCUCCUAUGACUACUCCGGCUAUGGGGCCAGCACGGGGAAGCCUUCCGAGAAGAACCUCUAUGCCGACAUAGACGCUGCCUGGCACGCGCUUCGCACAAGAUAUGGCAUCAGCCCUGAGAAUAUAAUCCUGUAUGGGCAGAGCAUUGGCACGGUGCCCACAGUGGAUCUUGCAUCACGGUAUGAGUGUGCUGCUGUGGUCCUUCACUCGCCGCUCACCUCUGGUAUGAGGGUGGCCUUCCCUGACACCAAGAAGACCUACUGCUUUGAUGCCUUCCCCAACAUCGAGAAGGUCUCGAAGAUCACGUCGCCCGUGCUGAUCAUCCACGGCACAGAGGACGAGGUGAUCGACUUCUCGCAUGGCCUGGCGCUGUUUGAGCGCUGCCCCAAGGCGGUGGAGCCACUGUGGGUGGAGGGUGCGGGCCACAACGACAUCGAGCUCUACAGCCAGUACCUCGAGCGCCUGCGCCGGUUCAUAGGCCAGGAACUGGCCACUCAGUAUGCCUGAGGCUCCCGCCGAGGGCCUUCCAUCACCCGGGAGGCCAAGGAAGCCACGAGACACGUGACCGGUGCCGUCCGAGCUGAGGUCAGGCGAAGCCCUAACAGCCGUGUCAUUUUCAGGGCCUGUGUCGCCUGACUUCUCCUGCCUGAGGUGUGGGGAAAAUUAAACGUGGACACCUCAAUGUUUUUACAGAGCUUUUUAUCAACAAGACAGCAAAAUACAGAAUCUCUGUGCUAAUGGAGAAGGCAGGGGAGUCUAAUACUAGCUUGCGCACUGACCCAUAGUGAACGCAUUGGCUUCUGUUCCUGCCGAUUCAGGCAUCUGCUAAAAGACGUGGUCUUCAGAGACGUUCGCUAGACCUUUUAUGGGUUGGUUUUUUUCUUCUUCUAUGAGCAGUAUCCUGGGUGUGGAAAGCAUACAAUUUUUCUUGUUCGCAGGACUACCAGUGCAACGGUUUUUGCUUUUUUGUUUUUCCCCUGCCUUCCCUGCACAUGUGUACAUGUGCUCUCUGCUGGGCAGAUUAGGUAUGGUGUGUUUUGUUACUUUCUUUUUUUUUUUUUUUUUUUAAGUGUGUGUGGUUGCCUGUACCCCUGGAGACCAUUAUAUAUAUGUUGAGUUAUUAAGGCCUGUACCAUUUGAAAAAGCAAAAUGCAAUGCUUUUGUCCUCUGUUACUGCCAUUUCUUUCAGCCCUCCUCCAAGUUCACAUGGUCAGCAUUUGGAGCAUGACCGGUCACGCCAGCUUGUGUGUAAUGUGCCAAUUCCACCUGCCCCGUUUGUCCAAGCAUUUGGUGACAUUGAUUACUCCCCACACACACAGGCUCACUACGACUUGUGUUUAAUCUGGCAAGCAAUAUUGCUUUGAUCACUGUGAAUAUUGGAGCAAAAAGAUUUAGAUUAAACAGUCACCUGGUUCCCUAUGUUUAGAAACCGGAACCAUCCUGCAGCUCGGUGAUUGUAGGCAUAGCACAAGUUCUGCUCCUGUUGGGAAGGACGGACCCGAACAAGAUGUUUGUUUUCUUCUGUGAAGGUUCCGCUCCAGUCCAGCUUUUUUUACAGCCACGUUCCCAUUUUACCUCACGUACAUCAAAAUAUAAUACAACGUCAAAUGCCAUUUCUCCUCAACUGUGCUCCUGCCUGUCACAGCUGUGCUAGAUGUCACUGUCUCACUGUGACAUCCCAACAUCAGAGGGCACGACACAUCACUUUACACACACUAUCCAUACACCCCCCUCUCUCUCUCUCUCUCUCUCUCUCUCUCUCUCUGUGUAUACACACACUAUCCAUACACCUCUCUCUCUC